UCCCCCCCCCCGCGGGUUCUUCGCUGCGAAGAAAAUGGCGGCGGCGCCGAGCGGAGACGAGGAGAGGCUGGAGGAGAAAUCGGAGGAGAACCUACAGGGGCUGAAGGAGCGGCCCCCCAAGGCCAAGAAGGUGAAGAAGGAGCGGAAGGAGGAGAAGCAGCAGCAGCAGCAGCACGAGCCGGCGCAGCCCUCCGCCGAGCCGGCCGAGGCCGGCAAAGCCGAGACGUCAGAGGGCGCCGGGACGGCACCGGCGGCGCCGGAGGCCUCGGCCUCGCCCAAGCAGCGUCGCUCCAUCAUCCGCGACCGGGGGCCCAUGUACGACGACCCGACGCUGCCCGAGGGCUGGACCCGCAAGCUCAAGCAGAGGAAAUCGGGCCGCUCCGCCGGCAAGUACGACGUCUACCUGAUCAACCCGCAGGGAAAAGCCUUCCGCUCCAAGGUGGAGCUGAUCGCCUACUUCGAAAAGGUAGGAGACACCUCCCUGGACCCCAACGACUUCGACUUCACCGUCACCGGCCGCGGCAGCCCCUCGCGGCGGGAGCAGCGACCCCCCAAGAAGCCCAAGUCCCCCAAGGGCCCCGGGACGGGCCGCGGCCGGGGCCGCCCCAAGGGCAGCGGGGCGGCCAAGCCCAAGACGGCGGCGUCCGAGGGCGUGCAGGUGAAGCGGGUGAUCGAGAAGAGCUCGGGCAAGCUGCUGGUGAAGAUGCCCUUCCAGCCGGGGCAGCCGGGCGCCCGCGGCGAGGCGGGGGCCGCCACCACCUCGGCCCAGGUCCUGGCCGUGCGGCGGCCGGGCCGCAAGCGGCGAGCGGAGCCCGAUAGCCAGGCCGUCCCCAAGAAGCGGGGCCGCAAGCCGGCGGGCGCGGGGGGCGCGGGCGGCCCGGCGGGGGCCGCGCCGGAGGCCAAGAAGAAGGCGGCCGCCCCGCCGGCGGUGCAGGAGACGGUGCUGCCCAUCAAGAAGCGGAAGACGCGGGAGACGGUGGUCGUGGAGGCGCGGGAGGCCGCCAAGCCCCCGCCGCCGCCCCCCGAGCGCAGCCCCAAGGGACCCAGGAGCGCCCGCAGCCCCGGCCGCCGCAGCAAGGAGGGCAGCCCCAAGGGGCGCGGCGCGGCGCCGGCCCCCCCGCCCGCGCCGCCCGGCCGGAGGGAGCGGGGGGCUUCGCCGCCGCCGCCGCCCGAGCCCCCCGCCAGCCCCAAGGACAGCGCCAGCCCCCCCCCGCCGGCCCAGGACUUCAGCGGCAAGGGCUGCUCGGAGGAUCGGGGGGGCCCGGCGGCCCCCGACGGCUGCGCCAAGGAGCCGCCCAAGACUCACCCCCCGCCGCCGCCGCCCCCCGCCGCCUACAAACACCGAGGGGAGGCCGAGCACAAAGACACUGCCUCCUCUUCCUCCUCCUCCUCCUCUUCCUCCUCCUCCUCCUCCUCCUCCUCCUCCUCGUCGGCGGCGGCGCCCCCCCCUCCCAGCGCCUCCGUGCCGCGGCCCCCCGCCCGGGAGGAGGCGGUCGACACCAGGACGCCUGUCCCCGAGCGAGUCAGCUGACUGUGAGCGCGCCCGCGGGCGGACAGACCGACGGACGGACGGACAGGACCCCCCCCCUCCCCUCACCCCACCCUGCCCCCCCCAAUCCC